UUUUACUGAAAAGUCACUUUCACUCUUACUGGGUGCACUGGAGUUUUUGAGCCCACAUAGCAGCACAACUGUCCCAGAACAAAAAUCAAUUUUGGUCAGUAAGAAAUAAAUUUUCUGUCAGCAGGAUACCGUUCUUUCGUACCGAUAGGGUAGAAUAUCUUGGUUUUCCUUCAAAAUGGAUAAUUCCUCUCUUCUGACGAGAGGUUACUCGAUCUAUAAAAAAAAACGCGGAAAGAAACAAGUUGAAGAAGAAAUUGUUUUCGAUAAGGAGAAAAGAAAGGAAUUUCUGACGGGCUUUCAUAAACGAAAACUCGAGCGUAAAAAGCGUGCUCAAGAGCAAUUGAAAAAGCAAGAACGAGAACAGAAGAUUGCUUUAAGAAAAGCGAUGCGUGAUGAGCGAAAACAGAAACUCCAAGAAAAAAUGGAGCUUACACAGUCGUUGUACAGUGAAAUGAACAACGAUAUUGGCAGUGACGAUGGAGAAGAAAAGACACAAACCGAAAAACUGAACGAGGAGCGCGAAUAUGAGAACGACGAAAAGCGUGUCACGGUGACGAUUCAAGAAGGCAUCUCCAGCGAGGAUGAAGCAUUACCAAAGGAUGGCUAUGCUACCCCUCGUGUUUCUCCCCCUCCUGAUGUACCCAUUCGUCCUCACAAGCCCAAGGUUCGUCCUCCCAAAAAGAAAAAGACAAAGUUUCGCUACAAAAACACACUGGAGCUGUAAUCUAUCAUCAAUACCUACAUAAUCUUGGAAUAACUGAAAGAACAACUUGGUGUGAAUUGCUUGUAUCUGUGUUUUGAAAUAUUUAUUCAAAGUUGUAGAUUUACCUAGACCAACCAUUUCGGAAGAAAUGAAUAGAAUUUUUUGCAUGAAAGGGGAGGGAGCAAAUUGUCUGUUGGCGGAUCUAAAAAUUGCUUCUGAUCAUUCUCAAAUACAAACAAACUGUUCAUUACUACGUUUUCAGUAAUUUCACGCAUCCAUCACAUAUUUGUUUACUUUCGCGUAG